GACAUUAUAAACAACUACAUGCAGGGAAUAUUGGAUUUUUUGCUUCACACUUGCUCUUCCUAUUUGAAGAAAAUAAAUUUAGAUUCCAUAAUAGGACUCCAAUAAGUCUAGAUUUUGCAUAACGUUAUACAUCAGACGAGGAAUGACACGGUUACAUUAACAAUAACGACAAAGCACUACUUAAGGUAUUAUGCAUUCACAUUUGUCCCUUCCUAUUUUUGUUUGCUAUUUGUCUUUCAUGCCAAUCAAUUAGCACUUUUUCAGAAGAACCAUGUAAAUGACAACAGUAAGGGAAAUUAAACUAGUACUUGAAUGAGAGUAGAUAGUCGUGGUCGUAUUUUAUUUUUGGUCACCAAACUCGUUCAGCAGCAGAGAGAGUUCAGGGGUCGUCAAGUUGUUCAAUACCUUUCAAAGACUAGGAAAGUGCUUGGGGAUUAUAGGAGAGAAACAAUUCUUUUGCCUACAGCCUGUGAGGAAGAACACAGUGAUGGUGGCAAAUUCGGCUUAAUCGAGGUCGUUCAACACCGGCUUCUAAGAUGCACUCAUUUGGGAGAAGACAACCUCAUGACCACAAAACGUUGAUAGGCUGCCGGAGAUGGAGGCAAAUUAGCCGAUGCUCAAUUGUGGAUGUGAAGUGAAGAGGGGAGACAAUCGCGCUUGGUCAAGUGAGGUGUAGGGUUUCAAAUUGGGGAUUAUGGGAGAGAGAGUGAAAGACCAGGCUUAAUAAUUGAUUGAUUUUUCCCUGCUCGUUUUUUCUUUCUUUUUUCUGAGAAUUAAGUGAAUUUCCAUGCAAGCCCUAUAAAAUGCCUGUAGGAUCACCUCUGUACACCAAGCGCGGUUGAAAAAAAAAAAAAAGUAACGUUGUGGAUAACAAGAAUUUGCCAAAAAAUCUUUGCAGCAAAUGGGAUUUUUGCAUCAAAAGAGAUAGAAAAAGAGGGGCUAAGCAAAAGGUCAUCAGCCACCAAAUGACAGUGGCAGCUUCCACUUCCAUGGCAGCAACGGUCAUCUUGCUCCACCGUCUACCCACCAAAACCACUGUCCACUGCUCCACAUUGCCGUCUCUACCACCCCGUUUCUCCCCUUCAGCUUUGUCCACUUCCUUCAUGCCCUUGCCGGGGUCGAGGCGGUAUUCUUUACUGCAGGUCAAAGCCUCAUCAUCAGAUGAGACAUCUGCGGUUGAUACUAGUGAAUUACUAUCAGACUUAAAAGAAAAGUGGGAUGCAGUUGAAAAAAAGUCUACGGUACUUCUCUAUGGAGGAGGGGCAAUUGUGGCAACUUGGUUAGCUUCCAAUAUUGUUGGCGCAGUUAAUUCGGUUCCUUUGCUUCCAAAGAUUACGGAAUUGGUUGGUCUCGGAUACACUGGAUGGUUUGUUUACCGUUACCUACUUUUCAAGUCAAGUAGAAAAGAACUGGCAGAAGAAAUUAAGAGGUUGAAGAAGAAGAUUGCUGGUACUGAGUAAAUUUAUGCAAUAUGGUGGCAUAUUCCUCGUAUAAUCAUCAUUCCAACGUCGGAUCAAACUGAUUUACAUAUUUUGUAUAAGAGGUGGCCUAUGUAUUUAUAUUACACUUCACUUUGUUUAUAUUCAAAGAAUAUUUCAGCAAUUUAUUUUCACGUUUA